GCCGCCCUGCACUCCUCAACUCUCUCUCUCUCUUACACCCACUCUCCGCGCACGCCUGUCUUGUGUGCAGUGUGUAGAUUUUUCUUUUCCUUUCUUCGCUGUGCUUCGUGAGCUGCUUGUGCCUCACGAUCUUGCACUUUCACUUUGGUGCAGAAUCCGCUCGAAGUGCGGAUCGUCCUGAAAAAAAGGCGCCCACUGUCGCUUUUUUUCCUGCCUCAAAACCUCCUCCGUACGAGACACUGAGGACCAGAUCCUCAACGGCGUUGCACCAACACACAUCUUUUUCACUCCAACUUCCAGCCCGCCAUGGCUCCCGCUGCCACUUCCUCGAAGAGCGCUCAGGCCUCGGAAAAUUCGAAAUCCGUCAAGGCCGUUGAGGAGCUCCUCUCCAAGUUGAGCAUCUCCAAGGAACAAGACGAGAUCAACAAGGUCUCUCUGGAUCUCGCCACUCUAGUGAAUGGCGAUAUCGAAGAUGCCGAUGCUCCUACGCAGAUGUUCGAGCUGUUCAAGAAGCAGCUUGCCAACAAGAAGGAUGCGCUCGCUCGUGAGCGGGCCGCCGACGCUGUUAAGGCUAUUGCUGCCCACUCGACAGUCUCGCCGGCAGUCGAGCCAUACCUUGUCGCCAUCCUUCCCAACAUCCUCUCCGCAGUCGCUGACAAGAUGGUGCCUGUCAAGAAUGCCGCACAAGCUGCCGCAGAGGCCAUUGUGCGCGCUGUCAACGCCAACGCGGUCAAGGCCGUCAUCCCGCACGUCAUCAACUCACUCCGAACGACGCAGAAGUGGCCUGAGAAAAUGACCGACUUGAAGAUUAUUGAGAUUCUUGCUGAGACUGCCCCAACUCAGAUGUCCUUCCGUGUUCCAGAUCUCGUUCCAGUUGUGUCCGAGGCCAUGUGGGACACCAAACCCGAAAUCAAGAAGGCUGCCUAUGGCACAAUGGAGAAGAUCUGCGCCUUGAUCUCCAACAAGGAUAUUGAAAAGUUCAUUCCAGAACUGAUCAAGUGUAUUGCCAAGCCAGAGAAUGUGCCCGAGACGGUACACUUGCUGGGUGCUACCACUUUCGUCACGGACGUCCACGAGCCGACUCUUGCCAUCAUGGUCCCACUUCUUGAGCGUGGCCUGGUUGAGCGCGAGACUGCUAUCAAGCGCAAGUCCGCUGUCAUUGUCGACAACAUGUGCAAGCUAGUCGAAGAUCCUCAGAUUGUCGCUGCUUUCUUGCCACGCCUGAUGCCUGCUCUUGAGAAGAACUACGAGACUAUGGCAGACCCAGAGGCACGUGAGAAGACUAAGCAGGGUCUUGAUACGCUCAUCCGUGUCGGUGACGUCAAGAACGGCAAGAUUCCUGAGGUUUCCAAAGCCGGCGACGUCGCUACCGUCAAGGAAAUCCUCAAGAGCAUUCUCAGCGACAACAAGGAGGCCACUUCGGCCAAGUUCGAGCCCGUUCUCGAAUAUAUCGCUGCCAUCGCUGGCCAGCUUGUUGACGAGAAGGAGAAUGAACAAGUUACAUGGACAACGAACACCGCCUCCUACCUCGGCGUUCUUGUCGGUUCCGACAAGGCUGCCAGUGUCGCCGAAACUCUUCGCAAGCGCGCCUCCCCAGCCGCUGCUGAGGAGGACUUUGUUGAGCCGGACGAAGAGGAAGGCGAAGAUCUUUGCAACUGCACAUUUAACUUGGCCUAUGGCGCCAAGAUUCUGCUCAAUCAGACUAAGCUCCGCUUGAAGCGCGGCCAGCGUUACGGCCUGCUCGGCCCGAACGGUUCUGGCAAGACCACCCUUAUGCGUGCCAUCAACAAUGAGCAAGUUGAGGGAUUCCCCAAGCAGAGCGAGGUCAAAACUGUCUACGUCGAGCACGAUCUAGAUGCUGCUGACACCGAGAUGACUGUCAUCGGCUGGACCAUGAUGAAGCUCGAGUCCGUCGGCAUCAAACUGCCCCAGGCUGAGGUCGAGAAGACUCUUAUCGAAUUCGGCUUCCUCAAGGAACAGCUUGAAGGUCCAAUCACCGCUUUGUCUGGUGGCUGGAAGAUGAAGCUUGCUUUGGCUCGUGCGGUGUUUGAGAAGCCGGAUAUCCUGCUGCUCGACGAGCCAACCAACCACUUGGAUGUCAAGAACGUUGCAUGGCUGGAGAACUACCUCGUCAACUCUCCCUGCACGUCGAUCAUCAUUUCUCACGACAGCAAAUUCUUGGACAAUGUUAUCCAGCACGUCAUUCACUACGAACGCUUCAAGCUCAAGCGUUACCGUGGUAAGCUCUCUGAGUUCGUCAAGCGUGUGCCUUCAGCUCGCUCCUACUACGAGCUUGGCGCUUCCGAGAUGGAGUUCAAGUUCCCAGAACCAGGUUUCCUCGAGGGAGUCAAGACCAAGGCCAAGGCUAUCAUUCGAGUUACCAACAUGUCCUUCCAGUACCCGGGUACCUCCAAGCCACAACUUGAGGAUAUCACCUUCCAGUGCUCUCUCGGAUCUCGUAUUGCCGUCAUUGGUCCCAACGGUGCUGGCAAGUCUACUCUGGUGAACGUGCUUACUGGUGAGCUCAUCCCAACCAAGGGUGAAAUCUACCAGCACGAGAACAUCCGUAUUGCAUACAUCAAGCAGCAUGCAUUCGCACACAUCGAUAACCACCUGGAUAAAACACCAUCCGAGUACAUUCAGUGGCGUUUCCAGACCGGUGAGGACCGUGAGACCAUGGAUCGCGCUAACAAGAUUGUCACUGAGGAGGAUGAGAAGGCUAUGGACAAGAUCUUCAACAUCGAGAACCAGAAGCGCCGCAUCAUUGGCAUCCACGCCCGCAGAAAGUUCAAGAACUCUUACGAAUACGAAUGCUCUUGCGCUCUUGGUGAGAACGUUGGCCAGAAGAACGAGCGCUGGACACCUAUGAUGACUGCCGACAACGUUUGGCUUCCACGAAACGAGCUGCUUGCUUCCCAUGCAAAGAUGGUCGCUGAGGUCGAUCAGAAGGAAGCUCUUGCUAGCGGUCAGUUCCGUCCUCUCGUCCGCCGCGAGAUUGAGGCGCACUGUGCCAACUUCGGUCUUGAUGCCGAAUUGGUCUCCCACUCUCGUAUGCGGGGUCUUUCAGGUGGACAGCGUGUCAAGGUUGUCCUGGCUGCUUGCAGCUGGCAGCGACCACAUUUGAUUGUCCUUGACGAGCCUACGAACUAUCUGGAUCGCGAUUCCUUGGGUGCGCUUUCAAAGGCGUUGAAGGCAUUCGAGGGCGGUGUCAUCAUUAUUACCCACUCCGCUGAAUUCACCAAAGAUUUGACCGAAGAAGUCUGGGCCGUUAUGGACGGCAAGAUGACCCCAUCUGGACAUAACUGGGUAACUGGCCAAGGUACCGGCCCUCGUCUGACUGAGAAGGAAGACACUGAGGACAAAUUCGACGCAAUGGGUAACAAGAUUGAGGGCAGCACAAAGAAGAAGAAGUUGACUAGCGCCGAACUGCGCAAGAAGAAGAAGGACAGAAUGGCUCGCCGUAAGCGUGGAGAAGAAGUGUUCUCCGAUGAAGACGACUAAAUGCACGACUUGAUAUGCUCUGGUGGGCUGUCUGCAUGCAAAAAAAAGAGAACCAUGAAUAGAGCACUAUCUGAAAUUUCCUUUGUAAUUGAUGAUACCUGAGAGCGUCCAGAGUAGACCGCAUGAUUGCUAGAGACGGUCGGGUACAGAAAGUGUUAUUGUCAUGGGCGUUGGAGCAAAAGCAUUCCUCCAUCCACGAGUUAUGCUAAUGCUUUCUCAUGAUAUUUGGUGCGACUCAUACGUGUCGAUGAGUGCUACAGGUUAGAAUAAAAGAAUCUAGACGGGGAUCGUAGAAGCGUUCAGAAUAGUCAUAACCGGGAACGAGUUUCUGAUCUUUAAUUACACAUUCCGGCUAAAGUUUAUUUUCGACUUCAAAUUCGAAGUCCUUAAUUUGAUCUAACUAUCUAUCUAUCGCA